AUGGCCACGAAAGCACCAUUUGUUGUCCCGGCCCUUAAGAGGCACACUGCUACCGUCAUCAUGGCCCAUGGUCUGGGUGACACCGGAGCAGGCUGGAUGAUGAUGGCCCAAAACUGGCGCCGACGCGAGAUGUACGAUGAAGUUUCCUUUAUCUUCCCCAAUGCACCCUCCAUCCCGAUCACCGUGAACUUCGGCAUGUCCAUGCCGGGAUGGUAUGAUAUCAAGAACCUCUCUCCUACACAAACCAUGGAAGAGUUCUUUGCCCAGCGCGACGAGGAAGGCAUCCUAAAGUCCCGCGAUUACUUCAACACUCUCAUCAAAGAAGAGAUAGACAAGGGGAUCAAACCUUCUCGCAUCGUAUUCGGUGGGUUCUCUCAGGGCGGAGCUAUGGCGCUGGUCACCGGCUUCGCAUCCCCUGUAAAGCUAGGUGGUAUCUUUGGCUUGUCAUGCUACCUUCCUCUGUCUCCUGAACAGCUCAAGAAGCAUAUCCCAGAGGGUUGGCCGAAUCAGAAGACACCCCUUUUCAUGGGCCAUGGAGACAUCGAUCAGGUGGUUAAGCAUCAGUAUGGAGAGAAAACUGCCUCCAUCUUGAAGGAUAUGGGCGUCGACGUCGACUUUAAAACUUAUCACGGACUGGGCCAUUCCGGCGAUCCAGAUGAGAUUCAGGACCUCGAGAAGUUCCUUGACCGCAUCAUCCCCGCCGAGGGAACUGCGCCCUCCUCUGAGUUAUGA